AUGACUAUAGAAGGGCCUCAUCCCUGUCCUCCAACUAGCGAGCAAGGUAAUAUAUCUUCUGGUAAUCAUUAUAUCGCUUCCAUAGAAUUAAAAAGUCCUGAGGGGUGCCCAGCACAAACGUACAACAUAAAAUUUCAGGCGACACUGAACAAGAAAUGUUACGUAUUAGUCCUUGGAGACACCUACUCUGGGACACUCCACGAAGAUAGUCUAGGAAAAAAAAACGAAGCCUCAGAUAAAGGAUCUCAUGAUGGUGGUUGGUUGACAAUAUAUGCCAUGAAGUAUAUAUCUAGAAAUCGGCAUGGUCGUCUUGAGAAGCAUGACGAACAGCUCAAUUUAUCCCCGAGCACAAAAGCUCGCGAUCACGUCGUAGCAAACCACGAUGUUGAAGUUUCCUCUACGCAAGAAGCAGAAUCUACUUCGCAAAGAGCAAACCUUUGGGAAGUGGCCGGAGAAAAGCUAAACGAGAAUGACCGAAAGGCUCUGGGUUUGGAGAGGCCCCUCCCUAUCACGGAUGCUCUCGAAAGUGUGCUCAAGUCCACUGAAGAAAAAUACCGCGAGUACAAAAAAGGUGGACUCAAGAUUCGCAAGCGCGACGGUGGGCAUAUCAACGUCCGCGAUUCCGCAAAAAGCAUCAUUCUACAUGCCUUGCAGGCGCAGGAUCUUGUCACUAGACUGGUCUCUUUUGAUCCGACUGGUCAUGGCUCAGCGUCAAGUGCAUGGUCGGUCGUUUCGAUUGGGUUGUCGAUAAUCAAAAAUGACAUUGAACGCCGGGAUGAAAUCUUCCACGCAGCCGAGUAUCUAGCCGGAAUCCUUUCCUACUAUGCGAUCGUGGACAAUCACUAUCGAGAAAGAAAAGCGGAAAGUGAUGAAGGAUUAGAAGACGCUCUGGUUGAAGUCUACACUGCCGUUCUUCAGUACACCGUGGAGGUGAAGAAAGCAGAAAAUGAAAGCAAAGCUGCUCGUACAUUGAAAAGCAUCACGGCCCUUGUUCAGAAGCCGUUUAAGGAACUCAAGGAAGCUGUCGAAAAGAAAGAGCAGGCUGUUCGAAAGUGGGCAGAUCUUACGGAAGCUCUAGACCGCAGGGAACAAGCCGAAGGCAUGCUCGAUGUAAUUGACAAGGCUAUUGAAGAACUGAAGAUCAUUCAAUCGCACACUAGGAGCUUGCAAGACCGAGAAAUUCUCGACUGGUUGUCCACGGCAUCCUUUUCAGAUCCACAUAAUAAUACUCAAGGCCACCGGGCGUCAAACACGGGGAAUUGGUUUCUCAACCUGCCCGAGUAUAAAGAGUGGAAGAUCACACCUGGAAAGAUCUGUUGGCUUUAUGGAGCAGUCGGCUGCGGAAAAUCGGUUCUUUGUUCUACAGUUAUCCAGGACAUCGAGGAAUUCUGCAGGUCUGAUCCAUCAAGAAAAUUUGCUUACUGGUACUUUCAGUUCAGCAAUGACGAAACACAGAAGGUGUACAACAUGAUCAGGUCCAUAUUGCGACAAUUCAUGCCGCGAGCACUUCCUGCAUCUAUAAUCAAGCUCUGGGAAGAACAUUGCAACCGAGGCAGCAAGCCCCAACUGCAGAAAUUUGCCGAUAUCCUCGACAUAGUGUUGGGAACCUCUCAGAGCGAGUUUUUCCUAAUCCUUGAUGCCCUAGAUGAGUGUCCCGUGACCGGAAACGACGAACGGAGGUCUCUCUUACAAUUUCUCGAAGAAUUGCUAGAGAAGCAUCGAAUCAGAAUACACAUUCUUGCCACCAGUCGACCAGAGCCUGAUAUACGCUCAAGGUUGGAACGAUAUCAAAGCGUGGAUAUGGAGCUUGGAUUGGGCCAAGAUGUGGAGACUUUCGUCCGUGCUCAAGUUACUCAUGGCAGGUUGCGUGAAUGGGGCGAGUCGGUUAAAAGGCGGAUUCUAGAGAAAUUGCUUGAUAUUCCGGAACGGCGCUUUCGCUGGGCUGAUCUGCAGAUAAGGCGGCUUGAAAAGUCCAAGACUGAGGAUGCGCUCCACAAGGCUCUUGAUUCAAUUCCAGUCACACUCGAGGAUACCUAUAAGGAUACCCUCGAAAGGCUAUCAGAAGAUGAUCGGCAAGCAGCUCGCACAAUAUUAAUUUGGCUUAGUUUCUCUGCCGUCCCGAUGGAUUUGAAGACUGUCGCGGCUGUUGUGUCUUUCCGCUUUCCAGAAGACGUCGUAACGACCUGCACUACUUCUCUAGUCACUGUGAGUAUCUCCGAUGAUACUGUGAGACUGGCACAUUUCUCCGUAAAGGAGUUUUUGGUACGCAACGAAGUCGAGGGUCACUGGUAUCAAUUCUCGGUCAUGUCUGGUCAUGAGGCCAUAGCAAAUCGAACGAUCGACUGUCUGCUCGAAAACACUGAGAUCCUAACCAAGACCACCGCCGGGCAGCAGCCACUUCUGAUAUACGCUGCGAAAUAUUGGGACCAUCAUCUGGCCGAAUUAAGGGAUCUGCAUGCCAAACCUACCGGUCUCCAGGAGAAGGUUGACCGCCUGUUCACCGAGCGUGAUGUUUACUUCAAUUGGGUACGCUUGGCUUCUUUUGAGCGGGAUUACAAGUGGUAUCAAUCAUUCGAGGAGCUGCAACCGCCUCUGAGCUCUGCAUCACAACGAGGACUUAUAUCAACUGUUGAAACGUUGCUUGCAAAAGGCGCAGAUCCCCUGGGGCCACCUCUUGAUAGCCCUGAAAAUACAUUGCUUGCGGCCGCGUCAGAAAACCGCCUGGAGGUCCUACAGUUGUUACUGAAUAAAGUGGAUGAGAUACCACGAAGAAUGACUGGACUGAUGCUAAUGUUCGUUGAAACCACCGAGGCUGACAAAGGGAAGUUGGCGAAUAUGUUGGACCUACUUUGGGACAAGGGUGCUUUGCGUGAUCGAUCAAGAGCAUCGCAUAGGAUAAUUGAUAGCUUCCUAGUUGAAAGCGCAGCUCACAAUGUGAUAUCGGGCCACAUAGUAAUAAGCUGCUUUCUGGAUCGAAAAGAAAAAAUGGGUGUUAAGAUAACUGAGAAGUUGUUAAAAGCUGUGCUGGAGAAUGGAAUCUGCGGCGAAAAAAUCAUGCACUUGCUUUUGAGUAAGUGUGACGCGGAUAUAAAACUCACUCCAUCAUUGAUGCGGGACCUGAUGAAGACAACCAAUAGUGAUGCGGCAAUUGCCGUUUUGAAGAGGCGGAUGAACGAUUUUGUGUUGGACGAGCAAUGUGUUGGAGCUUUCGCAAGGGGAGAGAAAGAAGCGAUGGAGCUGCUUCUGCGGGAGCGUGGCGAGGAAAUCCAAGUCACCCGAAAUGUUUUGAUUACAACCGCCAAAUCGACAUGUGAUCCGCAGACGUUUAGGCUACUUCUAAGCAGACGAGAUACCGGGGCGGCUAUCGAUAAAGAGGUCCUCCUGGCUGCUGCAGGAAACAGGCUAAUAGGCUCUGAGAUCAUGGAGGUGUUGCUUGAUGAGUGUGGACAGGACACCGUCAUUGAUGGUGAGAUCAUUCAGGAGGUUGUACAAAACCGUAACGAAGGCUUAGGGAUGAUGAAGACGCUCUUGCGCAGACAGCAAGUGGGCUUUGUGGUCACCGAGCAGAUAUUAUGCACCGCUGCUGCAAAUCACAGCCGGGAAAUGUUGGAGCUUCUGGUGAACAACGCCGGUGACUCUGAUAUUCCAAUCACAGGGAAGACUUUACGCUCUGUAGCCGACAAUUUUGUGCAUGGACAAACCUUGAUCGAGUAUCUAUUUGAACUUCGAGGUGACAGUCUUCCCAUUUCAGAUGAUGUAUUGGUGUCAAUUGCGGAUGGAGAGCAUUCCCAAUCAGAAUAUGUGCUCACAUUUAUCUUGGAGAGAUGGCCAGAUUUUCCGGUAACUGAUCGACUGUUGGAAGCGGCAUGUACUCUCCCUAGCACCAUGAGUCUGCUGUUGGAUCGACGGUGUGACAGCCUUCCAAUCGAAAAAAUGAUCCACAAAAUAACAAAUGACCGGAUGCACGGAGCAAUGGUACUGAAGAUGCUUCUGGAUCGACAGCUUGUGGAUGUGGAUGAGGGGCUAGUGGAAACAGUUGCUGGUGGCUCCCAUGCUCUGGAUGUCAUUUACAGAAAGAAACCGGAUUUUCCAGUGACGCCAAAGAUAGUGGUAAAAGCUGCAAGGGACUGCGGUGCACUGAGGAUCCUGCUCGACAGACAGAAGAACCAAGCCUUGAUCACAGAAGAAGUGGUCAAAGCUUCCUUGUCUGGAUUUCACCCGUACGAAUCCAUCAACCUACUUCUGACUCGCCUAGAACCAGAAGCAGUGCCAAUUACAGAGGACAUCUUGAUUUAUGCUAUUAAAACUAAAAUCCUAAAUCAGAACAUCAGGGCUCUAAGAUUGCUUCUGGAACAACGCCGUGACCUCAACCUGAGCACGGUCUGGGAAGCAAUGUGGCAGGAUACUGAGCUUAACCCAUUUACUCUGGCGCAGGCAGCGGGGGUUCUCUUUCAGUAUGCCUAUUUCGAUGUAUCUUUUGAAAUGCUGGAGAUGUUUCCAUCCGUCUUCCAGCAUGAAUGGUUCACGCUGGUCUACCCGUUCGACGGAUUCAUUCGAGUCUGCAUGCAGCAUCGGGUACCGUUGCCCACUACUGAGGCAGCAGUCGAGUUGAUCGUGGAAAGAGCAAGUUUGAACACAAUUGAUAUAUUCUUGGAGGAUCAUCCUGACAUUCCUAUUACUGAGAAGUACAUUGAAGCUGCUAAAAGGAAUCCAGGGGAAGACGUGCACACGGAUGAGUUGGUGUCGCUUCUCUUAUCUACCAGGUCGAGGGCAUCUUGA